AUGGACGAAAGAGAAGGGACGGGCACUGCUGGGCCAGAUAAAAAGGUAUCGACGCCCUCUUCGUCACUUGCCGUGGACAAAUCGCAAAUUCCACGGCCGUACAAGUGCCCGCUGUGCACUCGAGCCUUCUAUCGGUUGGAGCACCAGACGCGCCACAUUCGAACGCACACGGGUGAAAAGCCACAUGCAUGCACGCAUCCAGGCUGUGACAAACGCUUCAGCCGCAGUGACGAGCUGACUCGUCACCUGCGCAUCCAUGCCAACGACAAGCGCAACGCCCCGGGCGACGGCAACGACCCCGCUCUCGAUCGCAAAGGCGCUGCGCUCCCAAAAAGGCGCACGCGCGGAGCGCCGCGUGGACGCGGAGCGGCCAAGGCAGGCCGUCCGCAUGUGAUGCACGAGAGUGAAUGGCCCCUGCCAGAUGCCAAGGCAUCGUCAGAUGUGGCUCCGCCAUCCGCCAUGCCUCCAGCCCCUGUGCCUACAUACCCAUCGACGGUCCCCAUGCGAGACGGCGGCGAAAUGUCCGCGUUAGCGAGUCUUGCAUCGGGCGAGCUAAAAGAGUUGCAUCGACAGGAGCGCGAGUCCAAGGCGUAUGCCAUGCGGGCAGCCAAGUAUCCUUACGAUGAGCCGCGCUAUGCGCACCAGGCUGCCUACGAUCUCCCUCCCUCUCUGGGCCAUGUGCCGCUGGACGAACGGUACGACUAUGCUCCGACGUACGCGGAUAGGUAUCGCGAGAUGCGCUACGAGCGUGAUCCACAGCACGUGUUCAUGCCGACCCAGAUGAUGCGGGCUUCCUAUGCAGGGCGGUACGGAAGUCUGCCGCCCAGCCGCGAGGCGUCGCCAGGCCCCACUCCGCCGUGGACGUGGAUGGACGAUGUGCAUGGUGACUAUGAGACGGCUGCCUCAUUCCGGUCGCGCGUGCGCAGCAAUUAUGUGACGCCGUCCGGCAGUCCCGUGCUGGGCCCUCUUCGUGACAUGUCCAUCUUUACUGCGCCGAACAGCCCCCUUCCCUCGCGUGCCGGCUCGCCCGUGCAUGCACGCCCCGUGCGCCCUGACCUGCCCCGCGUGGCGUCGCAAGGCUCGCUAUCGACGCUGCAUACCGAGGGGCCGAAUCACACGCCCGGCACGUCGCACCACCACGGCUCGAUGCGGUUCCGCGCGCACCCCUAUGACGCCCACACCCGUCGCCCUCACUACCAUUUCGCGCCGCACUAUACGUCGGCACACCCGCUCAGCACGCUGGGCGAGCGUAGUACGACGACGUCGGUGCACGCCGAUCCCGCCGACGACCUGAUCAAGGUGCCCGUCUCGCCAUCCGCGUACGCACCGUCCAGCUCUUCGCAUGUGCCAUCACCCAUGAUGCGGUCUACGCGCGCGCGAUGGGAUGCUCCGCCCACGCCCGCGAUGCACAUGCGCUCUCACCUGGCCCACUCGGCGAUCACACGCUCGGCCCCUGCGAGCGCGGCCAACUCUCCUCCUGGCUCACCUCAUCUCCGCCCUGUGUUUCCUCCCGUAUCCCAUCUCGCGCCAUAUUCACCUGCGCAUGACGCCAAAGCUCGCCCUUCGAAUCGUGUGUUGAGUAUGCCUCGCAUGCACGACGAGUCGCAUGAGGCGCCCGCGGAUCGCAUUACUCUUCCGCCGCUGGGCCCGUCGGUCUCGGGCCAGAAACCCAUGACCCUAUCAUAG